AUGGCUGACGCCGGCGACGUCGCCGCCCCCCCGACGACGACGUCGACGAGCCGCACCCUCCUCCCGGCGCCCCUCGCCCGCGUCGUCAGCGUCGCCACGCGCUCGACGAGCUUCGCCAUCCGCCUCGGCUCCCUCGCGAGCAUCUACGGUCUCGAUGCCGCCCGCGUCACCACCCUCUCGAGCCUCGAGCUCGCCCGCGCCCUCGUCGAGGGCGUCCUGAGCCGCGCCGCCCGCGACGCCCUCCCCCGCGCCGGCCCCCGCUCCGACCUCGCCGCCGCCGACGCCGAGACGAUCCUCGAGCGCAGCCUCGAGAACCUGCACUACGCCGUCACCCAGGUCGUCUUCUGGACCGCCGCGAGCUUCCGCCUCACCGGCUCCACCAUCUCCGCCGCCUCCGACGUCUCGCGCCUCAUGCUCUCCUCGCUCGACCAGCUCUUCGGCUCGACCGACUCGUCGCGCGCCAUGGCGAGCAUCAUCACCCUCAUCCGCCGCGAGUUCAACAACCCGGCCACCGGCGUCUGCGGCGAAAAGGUCGGCGUCCUCGACCUCGUCCUCGGGCUCAGCGCCCUCGCCUACCUCCAGCGGGCCUGCCGCAGGUCGCCCGCCGAGGAGCGCCGCCGCCUUGCCUACGAGGAGGUCAUCUGGGACGUCGUCGUCCUCAACGACGGCGAGCGCGUCGACGUCGAGGGCCGUCCGUCCGACGACGCCGACCACGUUUCCGAGCCUCUCGACGACAGCCCCUCGGCCGCCACCGACGACGAGGCCGUCCUGGCCCGCCUCAAGAGCCAGAUCGUCGCCUCGCUGCCCGCCGGCACCACCGUCUCCAUCUCCAACGCCGUCUCGUCCGUCCAGACCAUCACCGUCGACGUCGAGGGCCAGUCCCUGCCGACCCUCCCCACCCCGCCCGGCGCCCAGAUCGUCGAGACCCGGGGCCUGGGCCUGACCUCGUCGGGCGGUCAUCGACCGGCCACGCCCCGCGGCCAGGGCCGCGAUUCCGUCUUCCGCGUCGUCUACCGCAUCGAGCGCGACAAGCUGAGGACGACGGCCAUCCGCAGCGACGAGGAGCCGUCCGGCCGCGCCGUCGUCGCCAUCAUCGACGACCCGCCCGCCGCUCUCGCUGGACAUGGCAAGGCGCCCAUGUCCGGUCCCGGUCCCCGCGACCAGUCCCUCGCCUUCACCAACACCUCGCCUGCUUUGCCGGCCGGUAUGACGGCCUUUGAGGCGGCCUCUCCAGGAUGGGAGAGUUCGAGCUCGUCCUCGUCCUCGACCGUCGGUGCCCUUGUUGGGGGCGACGUCGCGCCUGAGCGACGGCAGACUUUGGACGCCCAACCGCCUGGCAAGGCGCCGUUGUCCGAGACGACGGCGAACCAGAAGAAGCAACGGCUGCCGCUCGGCGUCCCGCUCACCCGUGAUGCCGCCGACAAGUCGCGGCCGGGCCUGCACACGAGCAAGCGACUCCUCUCCAAGAGGAGGAGCGAGUCCGUCAUCAGCAAGCCUGGCGACAAGAGGGGCGGCCUCAAGCAAGUCCUCAAGGGCGGCGGCCAGUCCCUCUCCAGCAUGUGGAACAGAGAACCGUCGCCGACCGACAGAAGUCGCCCGUCGUUCGGCAAGCCGCGGCCGCAGUGGAAGGCCCCGAGCAGCAGCGGAAACAGCCCCGUCGACGCAAAGGCCAAGCCGUGGCCGCGGAAUCAACGCCAAGGCCAGUCGCCGUCGCAGUCGCAGUCGCAGUCGCAGUCGCAGUCGCAUUCGCAGCCGCAUUCCCAGUCGCAGACGCCCUCGCAAUCGCAGUCGCAGUCGGGGUCGCAGUCGCAGUCGCAGUCGCAGUCGCAGUCGAGGCGCGGCAGCUUGGCCGCCCGACGCGCCCUGCAAACGCCCGAGCCGCUGCCCAGAUGCUCGUCCCAGGCGAGCCUCGUCUCCAUCCACGAGCGCUGCCGCGACUCCGUCAAGUCCCAGGCCGGCUCCUACACCGUCCGCGCCAACGGAGAGCUGCGGCCGGCGUCGCCGACCAUCGUCCGGACCGACUACUCGACCCAGGAGUCGACCCUGCGGCCGCCGCGCGCCGAUCUCUUCUCCGUCCCCUCCGUCCCCCCCUCGCCGCACAAGGGGACGAGCCAUCGGCGAUCGACGUCGUACGCGCCCAGCCUCUACAGCCUGGCGACCAACGAUUCGCAGUCCUCGCUCAUCCUCUCCUCCUACUACCAGAAGAGCGCCUACAACGCGUCCGACGCGCUCGCCACCCUCCGGCGCGAGGGCUUCGUCGACGGCACCUUUCCCGCCGGCCAUCUGCUGCCCAGCAUCGCCCGUUACAUGCGCUUCUCGUCCGCCUGCUACGGCUCCCACUUCCUCAAGUUCAUGGGCAUCUCCACCGAGAUGCCCGCCCUCGGCGUCUGGGACGGCACCCACAACGACGUGCGGCACUUUGUCCACCACACGCGGUCCUGCGCCGACAACAUCCUCCUCGCCUCCUUCGUCGACCCCCAGGGCGGCGCCGACGCGACGGGCUCGACGGGGACGGGCGUGCCCCUCGUGCACUACAUCUCCCUCGACCACGAGGCCAAGGCCGUCGUGCUCGCCUGCCGAGGCACCCUCGGCUUCGAGGACGUCAUGGCCGACAUGACGUGCGAGUACGACGACAUGGCCUGGCGAGGUCGUCGGUACAAGGUCCACAAGGGCAUCCACGCGUCCGCCCGCCGACUCCUCUACGGCGACGACGGCCGCGUUCUCGUCACCAUCCGCAAGGCUCUCGUCGAGUUCCCCGACUACGGGCUCGUCCUCUGCGGCCACUCGCUCGGCGGCGGCGUCACCUCGCUGCUCGGCGUCAUGCUCUCGCAGCCCAACCCCGACGGCCCCGGCUUCGUCAUCUCGGUCGAGCCGCACCUGCGACUGCUGCAGUCGGCGCCGGGGACGGCCGUCGUCGAGGGCCGCCGGCCCAGCGACAUUCGCCUUCCGUCGGGCCGCCGCAUCCACGUCUACGCCUACGGCCCGCCGGGCGUCAUGUCGGCGCCGCUGCGCAAGAUCACGCGCGGGCUCGUCACCACCGUCGUGCACGGCAACGACAUCGUGCCCCAUCUCUCGCUCGGCCUCCUCCACGACUUUCAGGCCCUCGCCCUCGCCUUCAAGCAGGACGAGAACAGGACCAAGGCCGACAUCCGGGCCCGCAUGUGGUACACCCUGCGGGCCGUCUACCAGACGACGACGCCGCUCGACACGACGACCCCGGGCGAGGCCGACGAGCAGUGGAUCGUGCCGGCGCUCGACGCGCUGCGGGAAAACUUCCAAAGCGCCCGGCUCCUGCCCCCAGGGGAGGUGUUUGCCAUCGAGAGCCAGUCCGUGCUGCGGCGGGAUGCCUUUAUGCUGCCCGACGAGGGGUCCCUGGGUCGGCCGGCACGCCGCGUCGUGCUCAAGUACAUCCGCGACGUCGAGGGGCGCUUCAGCGAGGUGCGCUUCGGGACGCGCAUGUUGACGGACCACAGCCCUGCCAAGUACGAGGACGCGCUGAACAAGUUGCGGCUCGGCGUGGUGGAAUGA